CUCCCACACAGCUGAAUCCUCUCCCUCCCGGCGCCGCCCAGACGCUCCAGAGUCCCCAUCAACCAUGGCGGCCGCGGCUGGACAGGCCCCGGCGGAGCUCUCCCAGCGGGAGCAGGACACGCAGAUGUUGCUCGCCGCCGACGCCCACCUCGGCACCAAGAACUGCAACUUCCAGAUGGAGCGCUACGUCUACAAGCGCCGCACCGACGGCAUCUACAUCAUCAACCUUGGCAAGACAUGGGAGAAGCUCCAGCUCGCGGCGAGGGUCAUCGUCGCCAUCGAGAACCCGCAGGACAUCAUCGUCCAGUCCGCGCGCCCCUACGGCCAGCGCGCCGUCCUCAAGUUCGCGCAGUACACCGGCGCCAACGCCAUCGCGGGAAGGCAUACCCCCGGUACCUUCACCAACCAGAUGCAGACCUCCUUCAGCGAGCCCCGCCUGCUCAUCCUCACCGACCCAAGGACCGACCACCAGCCAAUCAAGGAGUCUGCUCUGGGGAACAUCCCCACCAUCGCCUUCUGUGACACCGACUCUCCCAUGCGGUAUGUUGAUAUCGGCAUCCCAGCAAACAACAAGGGGAGGAACAGCAUUGGCUGCCUGUUCUGGCUCUUGGCCAGGAUGGUUCUGCAGAUGAGGGGCACUAUCCUGCCUGGGCGCAAGUGGGACGUCAUGGUUGAUCUGUUCUUCUACAGGGACCCUGAGGAAGCCAAGGAGCAGGAGGAGGAAGUUGCUGGAGCCCCAGAGUAUGCUGCCAUCACUGAUUACGCAGCAGCUGGUCAAUGGGGUGGUGACCAAUGGACCUCUGAUGUGGCUGCACCCCCGCCUGUUGCUGGUGGUGACUGGCCUGUUGCUGAAGCUCCAGCUGCUGGCGGCGAUGGAUGGGAUCAAGCUGGGGCACCUGUUGCUCCGGAAGUUGUUGCUCCUGCCCCUGUGGCUGCUACUGGCUGGGACGCAGCAGCGCAACCUGCUCCUCAAGGCUGGGAGUAAGGCUAGGACGUUACUUUGAGACCGUCUUUGCAGCUGAAAGGUCAAAUUUUGUGGGGCAUGAAUGGAUAAUAUCAAAAAUCAGGCGUGGUCUACUGCAUCUAUCUACUCUAUGAACAAACAUGUUUUAGGAUUUUCUAGAUGAACAUGGUCGCUAUCAGUACUGUCAACGAAUUGCGAUGAGGGGGAGUUUGAGAGGUGUGUGAUAAGUUACCUAGCUUUGAACCUGUUGGUCCUUCAAUUUCGUAGCUGUCAUAAUGUAUGAUGCCAUGCAGUGUGUUGACUCUUAUAUAUGCUGACUUGCUGUUUGGUUUAUCAAAUCCCUGAUAGGAUUAUCUUUAUUUUCACCUA